CCAGAAAACGCUACCGCCUUUACCCCACCCGUCGAACCAAUUAAGCGCAUCGCGAAAGCCAUUAGCUCGACUGCUCAAGAGUGGAGACUUCGCUACUUGUUUCACUCUGAAUCAAAAUGGGUCACAACAAGCCGAGGCGAUUCAAAACCCACAGCUCUCAUCGCGGGCAAUCCAGUAGAAGCAAUCAACUCCAGAGGGAAGAUGAGUCACUCCCACCUGAUCAAGCACCUGAAGAGGACCCAAAUGUCCCUAAAGUUCAGCUUGCCAUGUGGGAUUUUGGACAGUGUGAUUCAAAAAGGUGCACAGGGCGCAAGCUUUCAAGAUUUGGCUUAUUGAAAGAAAGUAUCUGCUACCCAUUUUCCUUAAAUUUAUUUUAUUUUUGCCUUUCUCUGUAAAUUUCUUUCUUAUGCUAGCAUAACAUUUAGUACCCUGUGCUCUCUGCAUAAACAAGUUAUGAUUUGGUUUAGGUUGUGAGUCUUGUGACUGCUACUGGAGUAAGCAGGCUUGGAAGAAAUCAAAAGUAAAAUAUGUUACCAAAUGGGGUGAUGAUUUGAACUGCUAAAUGAUCUUUCAUGGCACUUUAAUAGAAUCAUCUCAGAGUAGGAUAUGCAAUUCCUGAUUUGGAAGCAGUAUACUAUAUAAUCUCAUGAAAAAUGAAGAAAAGAAAGAAAGAAAGACAGUUGUAUGGUGUACAAGGAAGAAGAUUCCCACAAAAACAUCAAAAAGCAACUCCAAGAGCAAAACAACCUAGGAUAGUUGGAGUGCAUUUUGGUUUUUGGUUCUUAGAAAUGGUCUUUUGUUUAGGAAGUCAAUGUCCUUACUCCUCAUUCAUGUCAAGCCUGAAUGACACUCCAGGGAAAUGAAAUUUCUCUUUCCUGAAAGUGUGGUAAAAUUUUCAAUUAUUUUCCAUUGUAUACUGAUUUUUUGAUGAGGAAUUAGUUUGAAGUUACCAUAUCUUUUUUACUCUUUCUAGCUGAUAUUAGAACCAUGAACUUCUUAAUAGAUGAUUCAUGCUUUGUGAAAUACAAUAAUCAUUUAAUUAGUUCCCUGCCCAAUUGAAAAUCAGUAAACAUUCCAAUCCAGAGUACAAAGCUUUAUCUAUAGCAUGAAACAAUAAUUUCAAAUUAGUGGUACUGCUUGGUUUUAGUACCUAUUGAAUAAUUUGCUAACUAUUAA